AUGAAGAAGAAGAACAUAAGCGAGCAAUCCAAUGAUGAGAAAUUGGAUAGUCAUUUUUUAAGAACGAGGAAGGCAAAAGAUGGAGCGACGUCAACAAAUUGUGUCUUUCCUUCACAAUGGAACGGAUCGUGGUUCCAAUCAGGAGAACAACAACUGAUUACAUUCAGCGGCUCAGCUAUGAGCUCACGUGGUCGAUGUGUAGCUAGUGAUGGUGAUAAAUUUCUUCUAGUCAAUGAAAAAAAUACAGAUUGUAAAAGAUGCGUUGUCAUCUAUGAAAAGCAUCCAAAUGUACUUCAAUAUAAGGAGAGUGAAUGUGAAUUAGAACAAAACAACAAACCAUCAUCAGCAGCUAUCAGUAGUGUAAUCAGAAGCGAUUAUAAUACUGACUCAAGAUAUCAAGGAACUGAUCAAUAUAUAGAUUUAGAAGCCGCUCGAGAUAUGCUUCAGUUUUAUUGCGAGCAAAUUCCAGGCGAUGCUACACUUCAUAGUCUGUUUAAAAUUGAUUCCGAGCCUGUCAAGUGUCCAGCGCCAUUGAAAGGACAAUUCGCAUUCACAUACAGUCGUGGAAAUGGUGAAUGCAAGAGUCCAGUAUCAAAGAUAAAAAGUUGCACAGAAGAUACUCGAAUGAUGCUCAAUUUUCAAGCAUGUCCGGAUGUUGAAGGCACUGAAAGUACUGUUGAGGAAUUAACCUGUUUGGCAACAUGGAAGGAUGGUAAUGCUCAUUACAUUGUUGGAACCUUAUCGCACAGUCGUGCAACAUCGAAUGAAGAGCGUUUCCGAUGUUUUGUUUAUGAGAAAAUUAAUGCAAAUUCUAAACACGCUGGUUCAAAAGAUGUUGAAUAUCGACUAGCACAAUCAGGCGAUGCUACAUGUACUGGUUUGGAAAAUCCUGAAUUUGGAUCACGCAUCAUGACGUUAAAACGUUUCGGUCCAGCUGAGAGAUGUGAUUUUCCAAAAUGGUUUAAGGAGCCAAAGCAUUGGCACUCACUCAAUGGAGAAUUGUCAUACAAUGUACAUCAAAAACCCGAUGGUACGAUUCACAUAACAAAAGAGAAGCCAACACAACGUUUGGAAUCUAGGGCAGUUUGUGAACAAAUCAACAAGCAGACAGCAAAUGAAACAAUAAUGGUCGUUGAACAGACUACUGGAUGCAAUACCGGCUUCUUAUGCUUGGUGAUAUAUCGACGUGACACACAUGUUGUCGAAUUGCAAAUAGGCAACAUAACGUCACGUUUAGAAGAUGCCUGUGCUCCGGAAAAAUUUGAUGCUUCUCGUACUCCAUUUACUACAUUGUUAGCUGCUUCGUCGGAAACAGAAGAAUGUCCCUUAAGUGGAUCGUCAUUUUCAAUAAUAGGUCCAUUGGGUCCACCAUAUAUGAUGUCACGUCAUAAAAGAAAUGGAAGUAAGCAACAUCAUCAUAUUUUACACGAUCCUGCACCUUCAUAUAAAAAUCAACGUCAUGAUGUAUUAAGUUUUCGUAACGCAGAUAUGUUUGAACAUAAUUUGCAUAUGCACGAUCGUUUUAAUAGCCAAAGGCAUCGUCGCGAUUUGUCAAAAUGCUCAAAUGCACAUAAACAAAAGCGACGGUUGUCCAUUGGUUGUUCACGCGAUGAUAUCAUAGAGGUUCAUCCACAAUGCAGUGAAACUGGUGAUGAAGAAUAUUUAUGCCACGGCUCAUGGACGGAAAAUGAUACAACAUUUAUCAUAGCUCGUCACGCAGGGACCAAACAUGGUGUCUGCAUUAGCUUUAAACCAUCAACAACGACUGACUCCUCCAUUUCUGCUCAAUUAAUUGUCGGUGAUUCAUGUUAUCGUGAAGCCAUGUCAUUAGAAAUACCUGAACAUCAUUUAAUAUCGAAUGUAACGGGAAUCGCACAUAUGUACAUGAACAGUUUGAAAGGAGCAAGCAAACGUCAGCAGGAAGUCGUUAAAAUGAUGAGGGAAUGGUAA